AUGGAAGGCGUCCAAGUCAUCUCCACUACCACAAUCAAAGCACCACCUACUCACACUCACACUCACACUCACACUACCCGUAACGCACCUCAAAACAUCCACUUAACUCCCUGGGAUCUUCAAUUCCUCCCCGUUCAAUACAUCCAAAAAGGAAUUCUUUUUUCCACCCAAAAACACACACCAAUCCAAAUCCACCAUCUCCAACACUCCCUUUCCUCAACUCUUGCCUUCUUUCCCCUCCUCGCAGGUCGUCUUGUCAUUCUCCAUCACAGCAACGCUGUCUCAUCCCACAUCCUAUGCAACAACGCUGGUGUCCUCUUUGUCCACGCCGUUGCACACAACACCACCCUCGCUCACAUCCUUCAACCCAAAUACGUUCCUCCCAUUGUUCAAUCCUUCUUUUCACUCAACGGCGUUAAAAACUACGAGGGUACUUCACAGCCACUGCUGGCAGUGCAAGUGACGGAGCUGCUUGACGGCGUCUUCAUCGCCUUCACAAUCAACCACGUCGUUGCUGACGGCAAGUCCUUGUGGCGUUUCGUGAAUUCGUGGGCUGAAAUCUCACGUGGCUCCCUUCAAAUAUCCGAACUCCCAUCUCUCCAACGUUACUUUCCCGAUGGCAUUCACCACCCCAUACACUUUCCAUUCACAGAGGAAGAAGAAAAACAACACUCCCCAAACCUCAAACCACAAACUCUACCUGAGAGGAUCUUCCAUUUCACGAAGGAAAAAAUCGCGGAACUGAAAUCAAAAGCCAACGCAGAGGCCAACACCUGCAAAAUAUCUUCUCUGCAAGCUCUUUUAACUCUCCUUUGGCGCUCUGUGGUUCGUUGCCAACACUUGGAGCCACAACAAGAGGUUAGGUACGUGCUGCUGAUUGGAGCUAGACCCAGAAUGGUUCCACCCCUGGGAGAAGAUUAUUUUGGAAACGCGUCGUUGGUUGGUGUUGUCACCAUGAAAGCUGGGGAGCUAUUGGAAGGUGGGAUUGGAAAGGGUGCUUUGGAGAUAAACAAGAUGAUUUCUUUGCACUCUCAUGAGAAGAUAGAGAACCACUAUGAGUCUUGGGUGAGAACUCCUACGCUGAUAACGAUGGGCCUGGCUUCUAGUACAUCGUUGGCCAUUAGCAGUUCUCCCAGGUUCAACGUUUACUGUAAUGAUUUUGGGUGGGGAAAGCCCGUGGCAGUAAGAAGUGGCAGCGCAAAUAAGACUAACGGAAAGAUUAGUCUGUUUGCUGGCGCCGAAGAAGGUUCUAUGGACAUUGAAGUGUGUCUCGCCUACGAGAUUUUGGAGGCAAUCGGAAGUGACCCCGAGCUCAUGGACGCCAUUUCCAACUAG